GAGUUAUUUAAUAUUAACAAUCUCCUCGAGUUAUUCGGACUAUACCGUACAGAAGUGAAGCAAAAAUUCAAGAAAUUCUAACUAUUCCUUUUAACUAAAAACGUAAAUCACCCAGGAAAGUUGUAAAAAUAUGGAUUGUUUAACCCCACCUUGUGCGAAUAACAGCAUAGGAGUUGCUAAUCAGUUUCUUCCUCUAGUCCUUAACUACUUAACUCUAUCACAAUGUUCAAUUUCCCCGUCAGAAUUGUGGCCGACGGAUUAUGGAGAUAUCGCCAUCAAUAACGGUUUUGGAACAUACGAUUUCAUAAUAGUAGGUGCAGGGUCAGCUGGCUCUGUCGUGGCUAAUCGUCUAAGUGAAAAUCCAAAUUGGAACAUACUUCUUUUGGAAGCAGGAGGAGACCCACCCAUUGAAUCAUUAAUACCAGGGCAUUUUCCAUUUAUAGCAAAGUCAAAAUACGAUUGGGAAUAUUAUAGUGAACCAUCGGAUAAGUACAGUAUUUUCACAGGCUACUGGCCACGUGGCAAAAUGCUAGGAGGAUCAAGUUCAAUGAAUGGAAUGCUUUAUGUGAGAGGAACGGAAAGUGACUAUGACAAUUGGGAAGCACUUGGAAAUCCAACUUGGGGCUUCAAAGAUGUUUUGCAAUACUUCAAGAAAUCAGAAGAUAAUCAUAAUCCAGAAAUUGCAAAUGCUUUUAGAAAUUACUAUCAUUCUACUGAUGGACCUUUGUCAGUAGAACUCUUUAAGAAUAAUGCAACAAUGAACAUGGAUAUAGUUCGAGCAGCUCAAGAGUUGGGAUUCAAAUUUGUCGAGGAUAUUAAUGCAAAAGAACAUAUUGGAGUUACAUUUUUACAAGGAACUGUGAGGUCAGGAGUAAGAGAAAGUACAGGUAAAGCUUUUCUAGUUCCUGCAAAGAACCGUUCCAAUUUGCAUGUCGUUAAAAAUUCUCAUGUCCUUAAUCUUGAGAUUGACAAUAAUGGAGUUGUAUCUGGUGUAAGAAUGAACUUACGAGGACAAAUGGAACUGAAGGCCUAUGCCAGGAAAGAAGUCAUACUUAGUGCAGGAUCUAUCAAUUCUCCACAAAUUUUAAUGUUAUCUGGAAUUGGUCCAAAGUCUCAUCUUCAAGCAAUGGGACUUCCGGUAGUUAAAGACCUUCCAGUAGGAAAGAAGUUACAAGAUCAUCCAGCAGUGCCGCUGUUCUUUACGUUUAAAUCUCCAGGAAACUUUUCUUCGGAUGAAACGAUAGAAGAUUUCAUCACUUAUUUAACCGGACGUGAUGGAGAGUUAUCCACAACAGGACUUUUACAAACAUUAUUAAAUGCCAAUGUCAAUGAUCCUUCUUCAAAUGAUCCUGAUUUCCAAUACUUUCAUGUAGCAUUCUCUAAGAAAGGUGAUGUAGACAAAAUUAAUGCAAUUCUGAAUUUGCUUGGACUAAAUGAUAAUAUUAUUAACAUUGUAAGUAAGGAAUUGAGUCGAAGUGCCGCUCUUUUUGUGGACAUGACGCACCUGUCUGAAAAGUCCAGAGGAGAAAUUCUUUUGCGAAGUAUUGAACCAACUGACAAGCCACGAAUUAUACCAAAUUAUUUAGCGGAACCCUCUGAUCUUGAUGAUUUUAUAAAAGCCAUACGAUUGUACCUUAGUAUCUUACAAACUAAAGCGUUUCGGAAUCUCGAAGCCCAAUUUUAUGCUAUCCCAAUUCCAGAAUGCGACAUUUUGGUUUUCGAAAGUGAUGAGUAUUGGAAAUGCUAUUGUCGAUACAUGAUUACUACACUUUUUCAUCCUGUAGGAACUACAAAGAUGGGUCCAGACAGUGAUUAUGAUGCUGUUGUUGAUUAUAGACUAAGGGUUAAGGGUACUACAGGUUUAAGAGUCAUCGACGCUAGUAUCAUGCCAGUGAUACCAAGGGGUAAUACAAAUGCCCCAACUAUUAUGAUUGGAGAGAAAGGGGCUGAUUUUAUUAAAAAAGAUUGGGGUUUCCAAAAUCAAGUUAAUUAUAAAUUAUAAGUAAUUAUUCAUUGUUUUGUUGGCUUUGGAAAAUUUGUCAAAUUUCUUGUAAGUAAAGGUGAAUGUGGUCUGAUUCAAAAUAAAAUAUUAAAAAAAACCGAAGAAAAAAAAA